AUGACGUUUCAGAUUCCCGAAAAGAAGGUCUGCAAGCUUAAGCGGCUUUUGAAUUCCGCCAUUCAAAACAAGUCAUCGUCCUAUCGUGAAUUAGCCAGGAUCGCUGGUUCCAUUAUUUCGGAGGCGUUAGCGGUUGGACCUAUUUCCCGUCUUCUGACUAGGCAGAUGUUCUUAGCUAUAGAGUCUAGGUCGGCUUGGGAUCACAUUUUUCUCUUCCCACCCGCUCUGCUAGAGGAAUUGAAGUUUUGUUUUUGUAACAUUGAAUCUUUUAAUGGUUACUCCAUGCGGUCCCCCCUGAUUCAUCCACUGUGGUAUUUUCUGACGCGAGCGACGUAGCUUUCGGAGGCUUUUCCGCCUCCCUAGACGGCACUGUGGCCAGCGGUAUGUUUACGACUGACGAUUUGGGUCAAAGUUCUACUUUUCGCGAACUGAAAGCUGUUUAUUAUGUCUUGCUUUCUUUUGUUGAGCACCUCAAGCGCAAGAGGGUUAAGAUUUUUACCGACAAUCAGAGUGCCGCCAGGAUAGUUUCCGUUGGUAGCUCUAAGGUCCAUCUUCAGUCGCUGGCUCUAAGCAUUUUUCGUUUUUGUUUUUCACACGGUAUUGCUUUGGAAGCUCAGUGGAUCCGUCCGUGUUUCGACUUGUAGACGCCAAACGGGGUCCCCACACGAUUGACCACUUCGCUUCCUAUUAUAACGCUCAGCUUCCGCGUUUUAACUCCAUGUAUGCUUCACCUGGUUGCAGCGGUGUCGAUGCCCUGGUGCAGGAUUGGAGUGGAGAGAAUAACUGGGUUUGCCCUCCGGUGGGUUUCGUCGUGGACGCCGUCCGAGUUCUCACAGCUUGUUCCGGUCGUUGGACCUUGAUUAUUCCUGAAUGGCCGUCGGCCUAUUUUUGGCCUCUUUUACGUGAUGGGCCCUCACGGUUUAAGUCAUUCGUCAUGGAGGUUUUUGUGCUUCCCGCCAUAAAGGAUCUUAUUUUGGAGGGCCCAGGUCAGAGGCAGAUCUGUAAGUCUCACCCGUCCGUUUUUCAUGGUUGCCCAAAAUUCAGAAUGUUGGCUUUGCGUGUGGAUUUUGGGUGAGUUUUUCGUACCGUCACGGAUAGUGUUUUGAGCCUGUUUUGGCAUAUUUGAGCCUGAUUUGGCAUAUUUUGAGCCUGAAUUGGCAUAGUUUUGAGCCUUAUUUGGCGUGCUUUGAGUCAAUGUGGUCUCGUCGCGUGUGUUUUGUGCCUAGCGCAGUAAUUGUUUGAUUUUCACGAUAUUUUCUCUUCUUUCAGAUGUUCUGAGUUCCGGGAUUUGGCUUGAAGCAGCCUCAUUGUCCGAUUCUUCUUUGAAUGACAUGUUCCAGGCCUUAUUAAUCUGCAAUUAGAUGCUAGGGCUCCGUCCACGGUGCUGAAGUACAAGUCUGGCUGGUUGCGGUGGCGCGAGUGGGCUCUGUCGAAGAUUGGUGUUCCCGUUAUCCCAGCAAAACCUUUGCAUAUCGCAUUCUUUAUCUCUGAACUAGCUAAGCGUUCUUCCGAGAAUAACAUCGGUGUAUCUUCUACAGAAUCUGCCGUUUAUGCUAUUAAGGGGGGCCACGCAAUGGCUGGUUUUGAGGCUUGUCCUGUUAGCCAUCCCUUAGUUAAGUUUGCGUUAGAAGGCGCCAAAAGAAGGCUUGCCCGACCUGUUCAGCCUAAGGAGCCGCUGUCGGUUAGCACCGUACAGGCGAUGGCUACGCAUUUUGCCUCAAGUGGCAUGCUUCACUUUCCGAUCUUCGUCUUUUAUUUAUUCUUUUGGUUGGUUUUGCAGGCUUUUUUCGCAUUGAUGAGAUUAGGAAUAUAG